AUGGGAGUUGAUAAAGAAACUAUCAGACCUGGAGACGGGCGAACCUUCCCCCGGGCUGGGCAGUCGGUGAAAGUGCACUACACCGGCACUUUGACAAAUGGGAAUAAGUUUGAUUCGUCCAGAGACCGCGGGAAGCCGUUUGUGUUCAACAUCGGCCGUGGUCAAGUGAUCAAAGGCUGGGACGAGGGCGUGGCUCAGAUGUCUGUUGGAGAAGUUGCCAGGCUCACCUGCUCGCCCGACUACGCCUAUGGGGCCAGUGGAUACCCCCCCGUCAUCCCGGCCAACUCGGUGCUCAUCUUUGAGGUGGAACUCAUCGAGUGCUCAUAA